AUGGAAUAUCGAGGAAUCAGACGCAAAAACAUCCUUUUUGCCCUUUUUGACAGAGAAGUGAAGCAGCGAAGAAUCGGCCCUCACAAUAGUACAGAUAGAGGAUUUUAUAAAUACUGCUAUCCGAAUCAGUCUAUAUUUGAUGUGUGUUUGCCAGAUAUUUGGAUUCGUCGGUUUACACCAGAUGGCAAGUAUUUGAUUUGCUUUACCAAGUGCUUAAAAGGAUUCCAACUGUACUAUUUUAAGGAAACAAUUCUGGAAAAAGAAACGGAAGCCUAUAAUGAAGUAAAUUGUACCAACGCAUAUCCUUACCCUGAUAUCAAAUUCUUGUCUUUGGACGAGUCGGCCUCUCUGUUCAAAGACUUUUGCUUGGUUACGACUAAUGCAAAAUAUGUUAGUAUUGAAAUGGUCAAUUUAUUAAAUCCUGUAUUGCUUAUUAACAUGCUCUCGCAGAUGAUAUUAGCAACAGCGAAUUCAGACAGAGAAAACGAACCCGUUGUUGAGAAUCGACCGGGGAAAUUAAAGUAUAACUUGAAUACCGAAAACUAUCAUUUUUACGUCAUUGAAAUUGAAACAGGAGUGAUAAAAGAUAAGAUCGUCUACGAGAACGAUAGGAUUUAUGCAAACCAUCAUAAUGGAGUAAGCAUGAUGGGAAAUCUGUUUGCUGUCCUGUCAGUGCAGUAUCAAACAAUAUACAUAAACGUUUUAAGGGAUGACGGUCGUAUUAUAAAACUUCGCAAUGUUGGCUACUAUGCCUUUGAAGAUGAUGAAUUAACAAUAGCAAAACACGAAAAGAUGGAAGAGAAAUUUCAGGCUAAUCGCAAUAAUGCUAUUAAAAAGGUUUUUGGAAGGCCUUGUGAGAAUAACAUCGAGGCUAAAACGAAUGAAGACAACGCGCCAUGUAUACAGUCAACGUCACCAUCUGGAUUCUAUUUAUCAGCAUGUAACAAUAACCGAGACGACCAGGUGGUUCCAACGAUCGAAUUAGGUCAAACUCAAAAACAGCAGAGAAAUGUAAACAGAUCCAGAGGUUUCUUAGUGCCAUCAACUGAAGACGCGACUCCAUUAAUUGGUGGCAUUAAGCAUCGCGUACUUUCAUACUUGUAUAGGCUGGCAUUUAACAAGACUGAUAGAAGUAUAUGUGUGGAGCAUUUUUAUCGAACAUUCCCUCAAUUAGAAUUACUUACAAUGUGGAGAAUGCAAUUUAUUGAUGAAUCUCACUUUUUAAUCAAGUUUGCUUGUCCUGACUGCGUAAUUGGGCGACAUUCAGAGACCGUUGGUCACCCUUGCCUAUUCGCAGUCUAUAAUUACCAGACGACAGAAGUGGUAGCCGUAUAUGAUAACGCGUCCAAAGAAUUUUUAGACAUUUUCAAAGACUAUUGUGACCAUUUACGUUUUGUGGCAUUCAAUCAACCCUUUCAUUAUGAUGCAAACUGCUCAAACAAUCUUUAUGCAAGAGAAUAUUGGAAUAAAUAUAAACAUAGUUUGAAACAGCGACUUGGAGGGGAGAUACCGGCAAGAAGACGUCUUCUCUCAGUGCUACCUUAUGGACCUCAGACGUAUAGUGAAACUCCUUUUUUCGAUAUAUCACUGUUUGCGUACGAUGAAAAGUUUCAUUUGUCAUCUUCCAAUGACCUGACGGCCAGGUUCUUUUCGCAGCAUACACGUGAACGAAGGUUCACACUGUCUUUCGGCUCACCUGAAGCCCAUGACUUGAAAGCAAGACGAUGCCUGAACAUCAUUGCGCAUCCUUCUUAUCCAUUCAUCAUAUCGAUACAAUAUACAUUAAUGCGACCAUCCGUGGUUAAUUUCCAUGUUAGAGCAUCCUAG